AUGUCAUUUGACAUUCAGAUGGACAUUGCGUGGUUUCGUCAGUUCUUCGAUUCUGGCACAGGCGUUAAGAUUGUCCCGCCCACAUACGACGAGUCGACUCCAGUUGUCGUCGCGACUCUUUCGAAUGCUGUUGCGGGCUCACUCUUCGGUGUCACCAAGAUAAAAAAUGGCAACCGUUACUCAACCUUUCAUCUUGAGAGGAUGGUCGUCAUUAUUUAUCCAGAAGAGCGGCGUGCAGAGGUUUGGGUUACUGUGUAG